AUGUAAGCAAAAUAAGGGAUAUUUUUGUUGAUUCUAAACAGAGUUCAAUGUCAAAAUAUAAUAACUUCGAUUAAAAAUUAUACAAAUGGAAUAAUUUAGUCUUAAAUAACAUAAUAAAGUCUUAUGGAUUUGGCACCUUUAAUUUUACCUUUGGGAAUAAUCUUUAUAUUGUUGUUUUGGUUGAUAAAAUUUUGUUUUAGAAGAUAAAUAUAGUAUGAUUAAUUACCUUAAAAUGAAUAAUAGGUUAAUAAAAACCAAUUAAAGAAAAUAAAAUUACCAAUUAAGCAUAAAAUAUAACUGGUUUUAAUAAGAUACUAUUGUUAAUUAACUAGAUUAUUGACUUGA